UUACAAACGGUCUCACAUCACCAUCAGCUGUUCAAAACAAACGUGCAAAGACAAAAUUUUUAAAUUUUAAUUAAAGUUAAAUAAAUCGCAGCAGCAAUGAGCGAUAGUGAAACUGAAGAAACUACAAAGCAAAGCACGGAGCCCGUGGACAAUGCCUGGUCACUGAAAAUUCCCACGUUCAAGGCCGAGGAUAAUCCACAUGGCAUGGUCGAGGAGAGCUCAUUUGCCACGCUCUUUCCCAAAUACCGCGAAAAAUACCUAAAGGAAGUGUGGCCCCUCGUGCAGCAAACCGUUGCCGAGCAUCAUUUGAGAGCCGAACUGGAUCUGAUCGAGGGCAGCAUGGUGGUGAAGACGACGCGCAAGACAUGGGAUCCUUAUAUUAUAAUCAAAUCGCGUGACAUGAUCAAACUGAUGGCGCGCAGUGUGCCGUUCGAGCAAGCGAAACGUGUGCUUCAAGAUGAAACCGGAUGCGACAUCAUCAAGAUCGGUAAUCUUGUCCACAAGAAGGAGAAGUUUGUGAAGCGCCGUCAGCGUUUAAUUGGACCCAAUGGGGCAACACUGAAAUCCAUCGAGCUGCUAACCGAUUGCUAUGUCCUUGUGCAGGGCAACACUGUCGCCGCGCUGGGGCCGUACAAGGGCCUGCAACAGGUGCGCGACAUUGUCCUGGAGACGAUGAACAAUGUGCAUCCCAUUUACAACAUAAAAGCGCUGAUGAUCAAGCGCGAACUGAUGAAGGAUCCCCAGCUGGCCAACGAGGACUGGUCCCGUUUUCUGCCCAAAUUCAAGAACAAGAACAUCAGCAAGCGCAAGCAGCCCAAGUCCAGGAAGCCCAAAGGGGAAUAUACACCAUUUCCGCCGGCACAGCCGGAGAGUAAGAUUGACAAGCAGCUGGCGUCGGGUGAAUAUUUCCUCAACAAGGAACAGAAGCAGGCCAAGAGGCAGCAGGAGCGCGUCGCCAAACAGGCGGAGGCGGCCAAGAAACAGGACGAACGUCGCAACAAGGACUUUAUGCCGCCCACCGAAGAUUCCCCGGAACAGAAUCGCAAGCGUCCCUCAGAAGCUAGCAAAGUGGAUGUUAAAGCGCUCAAGGCGAAACUGCUUAAGGCGAACAAACAAAAAUAGUAGCAUACACCAUAAGUUAGUUUUUAAGUUCAAGCAAUUUUUUAAUUUCCAUAAAAAAUAAAUAAUAUGAAAAA